AGUCGCCCGGCCCGCGCGCUCUGCCCCGGGCGCCCGCCGAGCUCCGCCGCGCUCUAUGCCCCUCUGCGGGCGCCGCGGGCCCGGACCAUGGCGAUAGACCGGCGGCGCGAGGCGGCGGGCGGCGGGUCCGGGCGGCAGCCGCCCCCGGCCGAGGAGAACGGCUCCUUGCCGCCCGGGGACGCGGCAGCCUCGGUGCCCCUCGGGGGAAGCGCGGGCCCCGGCGGCAGCGCAGAGAUCCAGCCGCUGCCCCCGCUGCAUCCCGGCGGCGGCGGCCCGCACUCGAGCUGCUGCUCGGCGGCUGCUGCCCCGAGCCUCCUGUUGCUGGACUACGACGGGUCGGUGCUGCCCUUCCUCGGGGGCCUGGGCGGGGGCUACCAGAAGACCCUCGUGCUGCUCACCUGGAUCCCAGCUCUGUUCAUCGGCUUCAGCCAGUUCUCGGAUUCCUUCCUCCUGGACCAGCCCAACUUCUGGUGCCGCGGCGCGGGCAAAGGCGCCGAGGUGGCGGGGGCCACUGUCACCGGCCGGUGGGGCGACGUGGGCAAUUGGACCAGUCCCCCGACUACCCCCUUCACUGCUGCCUGGGGGGCGGCGGGCAACCGAAGCAACAGCAGCGGCCCGGAUGGGGGCGACACGCCACCCCUCCCGUCCCCUCCGGAUAAGGGGGACAAUGCCUCCAACUGCGACUGCCAUGAGUGGGACUACGGAAUCCGCACAGGCCUGGUCCAGAACGUGGUCAGCAAGUGGGAUCUUGUGUGUGAUAAUGCCUGGAAGGUCCAUAUCGCUAAGUUCUCCUUACUGGUUGGAUUAAUCUUUGGCUACCUAAUAACUGGAUGCAUUGCUGACUGGGUCGGCCGGCGGCCUGUAUUGCUGUUUUCCAUCAUCUUCAUUCUGAUCUUUGGACUGACUGUGGCACUGUCAGUGAACGUGACAAUGUUCAGCACACUCAGGUUCUUUGAAGGAUUUUGCCUGGCUGGAAUAAUUCUCACCUUGUAUGCAUUACGAAUAGAGCUGUGCCCGCCUGGAAAACGGUUCAUGAUCACGAUGGUGGCAAGCUUCGUGGCCAUGGCGGGCCAGUUCCUCAUGCCCGGACUGGCUGCCCUGUGCCGGGACUGGCAAGUGCUACAGGCCCUGAUCAUCUGCCCCUUCCUGCUCAUGCUGCUUUAUUGGUCGAUAUUCCCUGAGUCCCUCCGAUGGCUGAUGGCUACCCAGCAGUUUGAGUCUGCAAAGAAGCUGAUCCUGCACUUCACACAGAAGAAUUGCAUGAGCCCCGAGAGCGACAUCAAGGGUGUGAUGCCAGAGCUGGAGAAGGAGCUUUCCCGGAGGCCCAAGAAGGUGUGCAUUGUGAAGGUGGUGGGGACACGGAACCUCUGGAAGAACAUCGUGGUGCUGUGUGUGAACUCGCUGACAGGGUAUGGGAUCCACCACUGCUUUGCAAGGAGCAUGAUGGGCCACGAGGUGAAGGUGCCACUCCUGGAGAAUUUCUACGCAGACUACUACACCAUGGCCAGCAUCGCAUUGGCCUCUUGCCUGGCCAUGUGUGUGGUGGUCAGGUUCCUGGGGCGCAGGGGAGGGCUGCUGCUCUUCAUGAUCCUCACUGCCCUGGCAUCGCUCCUACAGCUUGGGCUGCUCAACCUGAUCGGAAAAUACAGCCAGCAUCCAGACUCAGGGAUGAGUGACAGCGUCAAGGACAAGUUCUCCAUCGCGUUUUCCAUCGUGGGCAUGUUUGCAUCCCAUGCAGUGGGAAGCCUAAGUGUGUUCUUCUGUGCAGAGAUCACCCCCACAGUGAUAAGGUGCGGCGGACUGGGGCUGGUGCUGGCCAGUGCGGGCUUCGGCAUGCUGACGGCGCCCAUCAUCGAGCUGCACAACCAGAAAGGCUACUUCCUGCACCACAUCAUCUUUGCCUGCUGCACGCUCAUCUGCAUCAUCUGCAUCCUCCUGCUGCCCGAGAGCAGGGACCAGAACCUGCCCGAGAACAUCUCCAAUGGGGAGCACUACACCAGGCAGCCUCUGCUGCCACACAAGAAGGGGGAGCAGCCGCUCCUGCUCACCAACGCUGAGCUCAAGGACUACUCAGGACUGCACGACACAGCCGCUGUGGGUGAUGGGCUGCCCGAGGGCACCACGGCCAAUGGCAUGAAGUCCAUGUAACUAGCCAGGACAUGCCACUGUCCUGCAAGUCCCCCGGGACUUGGCUCAAAGGGCUGGGGGAAGUUUGGGCACAGGUUUACAGACCAGGGAGCAGACGCAUAGCCAGGGAAGGAAAAUCCAACUCUGCUGCUGACGCCACCCGAUCGUGACACUUUCAACUGGUGGGGGUAAAUUCUGUCUUUCCAAAAGUCCACGGAGUGGGGUUGAGGAAACUGACUCUUUGGAAACAACCCUGCAGAGACUUUCUUUUCUGCCAUUCAAUGUUUGUAUUUAUUUUGGUCAUUUUUAUGAGAAGCACUUUAUUCCCUCUCCUCAGAUCACGAAGUGGAACUACCUCCUUCGGGAGUGAGGCUUGGCCACUCUUAAGGAAGACCCCAGAAGUGACCAACACAGCAGCCAGACUCUUUCCUGGAAGUCAGACACAGCUCCUCACCCUCCACCCAUGGAGCCAUCCCCCAGCUGCCCACCAUGGACAGACAGGGCACUGUCGUGGAGCAUUCCUGGGACUGCAUUUUAGACAGAGCGAAGUGUACACAAAUUAGGUUUUUGCUAGAGUCUGUGUAUGUUUUAAAGUCCCUUUUUUUCUUUUUGUUUGUAAAGCUGUUUCCGACCCAUGUGUUGGGGACAGUGGCUCCCAGAUAUCAUCAAAACCAGCUUAGUUUUUCCUUGAGGAUCAUCCUUUUGUACUUGAUGCUGGAAGCUGUUUGAGGGAAACUUCCACACUUCACCAGAAAUCCUAAAUGACCAGUGAUAAAAUCACCAGUUUUCUGACACCACGUUUGCUUAGUUAAGAAUACAAAUAGCAAAUGUGCUGAGGUCUAAGUUGUUACUUUUUAUUAAAACUCCUUCCCAGAUUUAGCUUCGGCAGAGAAUAAAUUCCCUCUUCCAGUCAGCUUUGUUGCUGGCACUACUUGAAAAUGUGGCUACUUUUAAACAACAGGAAAAUAACUAUAAAAGUCAACUAAGGCAAAUCCCAGGAGGAAGCCUUGCUCUUCCACACACGGCCACAUCUCGAGCACAUCCCGCGGAGAGCUCCAGCUUGGAUGGCUUCACUCUCCAGGCAUACCAGAGCCCACAGCACCUACAGGAAGCCUUCCGCUCAUGUCUUCCUCCUUCACUUCCUGCCUGUCACUUGCUCACUCAGCAGAGAGGCCUAGGGCAGCAGUGCAGAUUGCCUACAGGUGAGUCCAGAUGGCCUCCAGCCCCCUGAAAGAAGCAAGAAGUGAGAGAAAGCAAUAACUCACCAAAGCUCAACUCCCACCCUGCCCCUCUCCCAGGGUUCUCUUUGUGUUCCUCGUUUUGCCCCAGACAGUAGGAUGCCCAGAGCUGCUAAGAAUCCAGCCUUCACACAGGCAGGCACUGUCCAGCAGCAACUCAAGCACCUGCUUUUCUGGGCAGCUGAGCUUCUUACUAGAACCAUCAGUCUUGGCCCUUUGAUGAGUGUCUUUGCCAUGGACUAUGUUCUUCCAGGGAAAUCACAAUCUGUAGCCUAUUAGAGGACUUUCAGAUGACAGUUGCUAGAAUUCAAAGGUCCAGAAAGGGGUUGAGUUUCUCCCCCUCCAGCUGUCCACCUGGUCUGUUUCUUACUGUCUUGCCCACCUCUUUUCCACAUGUGGUACACACAUCAGCAGGAACCCGCUGCCUUGAUAAAGACCUCAUGAGGACAGUAAUGAGACAUGCAGCCCUGUGUUUGCAGCGGCUGGCCCACACUGUCUCAGCCGAUGCCUGGGUCUCAACACCUUGCUUAAGGACAGACAGUGAAGGCUGUCUGGCUAGUCCCUCCUAGCACUUGCUCCAGUCCAGCUCACCUUUGGACUCUUCAGUCACCUUUGUUCCAUGUCUCCAUGUUAGUCUGCAGUCACCUUUACAAAGGCCUUUCUUUAGAUCUGUGCAGCCUUUGCGUGCCAAACUUGUGAAAUACCUUUUACCUUUUUUAGGGUACUUGCUACCAAGUCACCUGGUAGCAAACCCUGCUAUGUACAGGACAGGACAUAUGCAGAAGCUGUGAGCAGUCUCACACUGGUCGUGCAGGUCUUUAUAAAGAGAUGUAUGGAAGCUGCAGAUGCUGCUGAAAUCACUAGAAGGUGGUGUCAGGGUAAGGCACUUCCAAAUCUCCCCACCUCAAAUGACAAUGAUAAAUCACUGGGUCAGCAAAGCCAGUGUUAAUCAUUCAGCAAUCAGAGCUAACCCAUCAGUGAUUAGACAGCAGCUGACUUUGAGGCCUCAGCUAGGGACAAGAAUGGCAGAUGUACAGGAGGCCGGCUGACUCUUGGCAAGCAGGAAGUCCCUUCUCCCCCAUGGAACACCUUUGGGAUGAGGCUGAGGUCUCGCUCAGUUGCUGCUUCUGCUUAAGGGUACUGAAGCUCUUGAGGAACCUCCUACAUGAAAGGCAGCCAGAGCAGGACUCUUCCCUGUGGGCAGAGCCCUGUGAAAUCCGUACCAAGUCAGAAUGGCAUCAGGCACCCAGGCCUGAUAUAUGUUGAUCUGCCUGGCUCCAUGGGGGAGGUCUCUUCAGCCCCAGCUCCCUACCACCGUGCUACCAUCCUUGAACUUGGCAGAUCUGGGUCCCUCAUGGGUAGGAGAUACUUCUUAGGCACUUGCCCUGUUAUACACGCACGCACACACACACACACCCCUGGGGAAACAUCCCAAGGUGUGUACUCCCACUACUCUCCUCCCAUCCCUGUGCUCUGCACCCCCUUUUGAUAAAAGUUAUGCACAAAUGUGAACACCUAAGACAGGGCUUGGUAUUUCAUAUUUUGUUCUUUUCCAAAGUCAGUAAUAACUCUUUAUUAAAUAUCCUAUUAGCACCCAAGACAAAUAGGAAAAAAGUUUAAGCAUUUUACUUUCUAAGACUAUAAUCGUCUGCAACUGGAGGAUGAGCUGGUAAAUGGGUUUGUCCACAGCAGGGAAAGCAAGCAGAACAGACCUUGUAAGGGAAGUAUUGCACUCGAACACGACCAUUUCCCAGAGCUAAACACCAAGUCCCUGAACUGAAGUGCCAUUCAGUGAAUCUGAUGACCAUCACAUUGCCCAGCCCUGGGGUGGCACACAGGCUGGGGAGGCCCACACUUCAACUCUCGCUUUGAAGGACACCACCUCACUUGAACGUAUUGUGUGUGUCUUGGGAGAGCAGUAGUGUGUUAUGUCUAGUAAGAAACGCUUCCCUACCUCUGUCCUUUCUGCAACCCAACUGUGUGAGGUUUUACGGUAAGAACUGUGUGACCAUACGUGUCAAUGGGGGUUCCUCCAGUGGUACUCGUUCAUAGCACAAGCUUACAUUGAGUUCUGAACUGUCUUCACAGCUACGUGUCUGCAUGGUGUCACCUCUGUUGUACCUUUGGGGAAAAUUCGUAUGUAAAUGUACAGAAAUAAAAAUGUUGCCCCAUUAACAGAUUUCCUCUGGAAUGUCUUCCCUACCUCACCUGAUGGUAUCCAACGAAGGGCAUUUCACUACCAUUGACGAAGAGUAAUAAAAUCCUCCAUGUUGAUUCAUACCUCGCUGCAGUCACUACUUUCAACGCCUCUGUAAACUGUGUCUCGGCUCGCCCUGGGGGGAUGGUGGGGCUCACUCUGCUUUAAGAGUCCUAGUCUUAAAAGGCAGUCAGAGGGGAGACCGGAUUAAACACGAACUGUUUACCUAGUGCCAUUCUCAGACCACCUGAGAACUCAAUACAUUUAAGAGGAAUUUUUUUUCUCGUUUAUGUUCUGCUAAUCCAUGGCCUAAAGGUUCCUAGAGAGGUCAACAAAUGGCUAUCUUACACUGUGAUUCUGUGAGGAAAGACUGGUUAACCCAAAACUCUCUUCUCUAAUGUAGUAUUUUUUAACA